CAAGCAGCUCGUACAUGGAACUCGUACCGUUCGAUGUAUGGCACCCAAUGACUCGUCACUCAUACGCAGCCCAGCAAGAAGACAUUUAUUGCGUACUAGUAUCUUGCAUGAUGCCGGUAUGCAUACGGAUGAUGGCACCUUUGGAACCACGAGGCAAAUUCGAAAGGUGGAGUCAGCAGCACCAGCCUUCAAACGAGAGUACCCACAAUCGUCUCCGACAGCUUGCUGUCGAGCUACCACCAUAGCUACAAUGUUAGUUGAAUGCCCCAGGAAUUGGUGGCUGCGGUUUGGUAGGUUUCUUGUCCUCGAGGCAUUGUUCCUCUUCUUCGAGAACCACUAGCGUCAACCAUGCCACUUUGAGACUCUGAGCCGCAAGCGCCUCCUCGAGUGGAUUUUCGGGAGGUUCCAUCGACAGUUUGCUGAAUAUUUUUUGGCCUUCAAAAGAUUCGCCAUUUUCCUUGAGUUGUUUUAGUAAUGGGAUCGCUGACUCGUAUGUCUCCCGAACGGAUGCAUCCACCUCCUCCUCGCCAUCAUCAUCAUCGCCCUCUGUCUUUUCCAAGUAUCCGACCUGCUCCAACACCAAAUAAACCACUUGUAUCCAAGUACUUCUUAGCUGGAUUUCUUCGUCCAUCAAGGGUCGAUUGGCAGAUUGAUCUGGACAAGCAGCGACAUAUUCCAUGAGCCGCUGGGGGCUGAUUCCCAGAGAGUAGCCAGAAAUAACGCUGGCAAUAAAGAGUUUGAUCGUUUCCACGUAUCCCUGACUCAAUUGCAUGACGCCAUUGACGAAUGAUACUUCAAUUAGUUCCGCCACUCUUUCUGGCGAGAGUUCUUCGCCUUCUUGCUCAUUAUCGUCAUUCGUAGAGCUGGAAAAUAAUAAUGGUCUCUUGAUAUGCGAAGGAACGGAAAGAUCAGGAAAUUGGCCUUGGCGACGAACGAGAUGACACGGCGUGGAGACGAAGGCAUUAGCCUGCGGCACUCGUAGUACCUGUAUGGAUGACAAUAUGAAUAAUGGGCAGCAGAUGAAUCUCAUGGUUGGAGAGGGGGUUGUUCCAGAAGCCCGAUAAGGAUAUGAUGUAGAAGAUCAACAAUAGACCAUGGCACCAUUGCGGAGUGUUGUUGUGUAUGCCAUACAUGUAUCCAAAAAAGAUGGAGGCAACACUUCUGGGACUUUGCACUGACGUCAGUAGAAACCCAAUUCCCCAUCUUUCACUGUCUUUGAAACCCCAUCCCCGAAUAAUCUUGACACCAUUCCCACGCUCUGGGCAAUCACAUUUUUGUUUUACUUUUUCAAAAAAGAAUUGAGUUGAGAACUCGUGCCAUGAAAUGGAUCUCUUCCCGCCUUGAUUAUUCAUUCGCAUAAGGGUUCUGAACGCAAUACAGAGAUCUGGUGUCGCCAAGAAAAGGAAUCGAAGCCGGUUGUCAUCAAGAAGUGAUGUUGCCAUCAAGAAGCUUCUCGCAUCGACGACGAUGAUCUUUCCCAUCAUUCAAUCCCAAAAGAUCGUGGUGAUGCGAAGGACAAUCUGUUGGAUUUGGAUACGGUGAUGUGUGACCAUGAGAACUCCGCUCAGGGCUCCACCUCGUGUCGUCUUGACAUGGAGCGCAAUUUUUCCGCCAUUUGAAUUCGAUAAAGAAACAAGUUUGGAAAAGUGCAAGUAUUUUUACUGUUAUUGACCUGAAUUGAGCGACCAUGGCCACCCAGCGUCCUUCGUCGGUUUCGUCGUUGGUCGGAUCUGACCUGCCAAACAAGGAGGAACAGCAAAAAACUCAACAGAAUGAUGAGGAGUUUCAGCAAUUUCAAAAGCUCGAGCCUGAGUUGGCAAAAUGCGUCAAGACGUACGAGCGUUGGAGGGGUAGCUACAGCCCUUUGCAACGAGAACGUUUGGAGGCCAAUUGUGCCGAUUAUUACCCGCAAGUCAUGCGAAACAGCAACUUUGAUCUGAAAGUUGUCGAAGAGGAAGGAAACUCAACAGAAAAGUUAGAUGGACGCGUCAAGUCGUUUUUCCAGAACACUAUUGAUAUGAAACCGCUUCAGUUUGAGAUGGGAACAGCAGAAACUGCUGCUGAACGUCCGCCGAAGAGGAUUGGAGUUGUCCUGAGUGGAGGCCAGGCACCCGGUGGGCACAAUAUUAUUUGUGGUAUCUUUGACCGAGCCAAGGCGUACCAUCCAGACAGCAGAAUCUUUGGUUUCCUUGAUGGACCCCAUGGAAUAUUUUCCGGAAAGUUUGUCUUGCUUACGAAGACGAUCAUCGAUGGAUUUCGCAACACAGGUGGCUUCGAUAUGCUGGGUUCCGGGCGCCACAAGAUUGAAUCCGAAGAGCAUUUUGCGAAGAGCCUGGAAGUCUGUGACACUAUUUUACACUUGGAUGGAGUCGUUGUGAUUGGUGGGGAUGACUCAAACACCAAUGCUGCCCUCCUUGGUGAAUACUUCAAGUCCAAGGGAAGCAAGUGCGCGGUCAAUGGUUGUCCGAAGACUAUUGAUGGUGACCUCAAGGUCAUGCCGUACAUCCCUGUCAGUUUUGGGUUUGAUACGGCUUGUCGAACCUUUUCUGAGUUGAUUGGAAACUGUUGUGUUGACUCUUUAUCAGCACAAAAGUACUAUCAUUUCAUUCGCCUCAUGGGACGGAGCGCCAGCAACAUUGCACUAGAGUGUGCGCUUCAAACAUUCCCGAACCAUUGCUUCAUCGGCGAAGAAUGCAAAGCCAACCAGUGGGGCCUCAAAGAACUGACAAAACAGCUAACAGAUAUGAUUGAGUCUCGAUACAAGAAUCAGAACAAGAACUAUGGUGUGGUCCUCCUCCCGGAAGGCCUCAUUGAGUUCAUUCCUGAGUUUGAGAAGCUCAUUGCUGAAUUGAACGAGCUGGGAGAUUCCCUUGGAGAUCAUGCCUCACCUGAGGAUGUGGCCGGCAAGUUGUCUGACGGAAACAAAGAGCUCUUCGAGUACCUGCCCUUGUUCUUGAAGAGGCAGCUGACGAAAGACCGUGACGCUCAUGGAAACCUCCAAGUUGCCGCCAUUGAAACAGAGAAGCUAUUGGCAGCCACGGUAAUGUCAGAGCUAGCGACGCGAUUGGGAUCCCAGGAGAAGGCAGCUCUUGUCUUCCAACCACAGUUCCAUGCUUUUGGAUACGAAGGCCGCGCUGGUUUACCAACGUUGUUUGACUCUGCCUAUUGCUUUGCCCUUGGUGCUACCGCUGCCCAGCUAACCAUCGCUGAGAAGACCGGUUUCAUUGCUAGUGUAACUGGCUUGGACAAGAAGUCUCCCGCAGAGUGGUCAUGCGGUGGUGUUCCAGUUACAAGCCUCUGCGUCAUUGAACGCCGCAAAGGAAAGGACAAGCCCGUCAUUCGCAAGGCCCUGGUUGAAUUGUUGGACGAUCCCAACCACAAGACCUUGAACAACUCCCCAUUCUUUGCAUGGAAGACGAUGAGGGAGCUUUGUGCUGUGUACGAUCUGUACAAGAUUCCUGGUCCCAUGCAGUUCAAUAAAGACAGCUUUGAUAUCCCAUGUAUGCUCAGGAUCGAGCUUGGAGGCAGUGCUCAGCUCUUAUCCAAUCUUGCCCAUCAAGUCCUCGGCACCACUAUAGAUGCAGACUUGGUCGCGAAGGACGAAGAAAAGUACUUCAAGGACAUUUUGGGGCUUUGCAAGUCUCAGUUUAGCCAGGCCUUGGAUGAGAAACAAUGCAAGAUCGACUGGCCCACAGCUGGGGAACAUUUCAACUACGUUGGAGGGUCACGCCCCAAAAGCGCUCUGCAGAUUGAUCUUGGCAACAAGGGAUAUGACGUUCCCACUGAGUCGUUUGGGUGCCUCGACGGAAAACCUGGCGCCCAGUUCUUAUCUCCGACAAUUUUUGAAGCUGUCCACUUGGUUGAAGAUGAAACCACCCAAUGCAUGGAACCCAAAGACGGUCCUUUUGUGUCCAAGGCCUACCCCAACACCUACGGUCGCCCGUUGGUGAGAGUCACUAGGCCCUCGGCUACCGAAGGAAUGCAGGACAACAAGGAGGCCGGGCGGAUGGGGGCUAUUGCGAUUGUCUUUUGUGGGAGACAGACGCCUGGUGGCCACGAUAUGGUUGCCGGUCUGUGGGACAUGAUCAACGGCAAAAAAGGCAGCAAACCAGCUGUCCGGAUAGUCGGCGUCGUUGGCGGUAGCCGCGGCUUCUUCGCUGAGCAAAUGGUCGAGCUGACGGCAGCGAAGGUUGAUGAGAUGCGCCAUCAGGGUGGCUUCCACUUGUUUGGAAGGUCACAAGACAAGUUCUGUAAGAACAGGGAACAAGCCGAACAGAUCGUGUCAAUCCUUCGCAAGAACAACAUUACGUCCCUCGUCCUGGUUGGAGGUGUCCGCACAGCCACCAGCGCAUGUGUCCUUGCGGAAUACCUGGAAGAGCAGAACGCAAAAGUGCUUCAGACAACUCCGUCAAGCUCGACCUUGCUGAAUGUUGUCACAGUUCCCCUGUCCCAGGGUGGCUCGUUCACCAACGAGUUCAUCGAGCAAGCGCUUGGAUUUGAUUCCACGAGCAAGGCAACUGCUCGGUUGGCCGGCAAUACUGAAAUCGACGGAUCCUCUGCUCGAAAGUACUACUACUUUCUCCGGACAAUGGAGGGUGGAGAACGAAUGGCAAAUGCAUGUCACUUGACACUUGAAGUUGGGCUUCAGGCAAAGCCUAACUACAUCCUUCUGUCCGAGGAAAUAAGCUCCAAGAAGCUGUCUCUCAAAGAUGUCGUAUCAGACAUUGCUGACAUGGUUCAGCGGCGCUGGGAAGGGCCAGGAAAGAAGAACUUUGGAACUGUCAUUGUGCCCGACAACAUCAUUAGGGUUCUCCCCGAGACCCGCGCCUUGUUAUCAGAGCUCAAACAGAACAAUUGGAAGACAGAGGCUUUGUCGGCCUACUCUAAAGCUCUGCUCAAGUCGCUACCUGACUUCAUGAUCAACGAGAUUCAGACGAAGAACGUUGACAUCCAGCAGAUAGAAACAGAACGGAUGCUUGCUGAACUUGUGCGUGAGGAGUUGAAGUCGCGCCCUUCGUACGAUGGCAAGUUCUCGCCCAUUUGCCAAUUCCUCGGGUAUCAGGCCCGCGGAUCACUCCCCAGCGUCUUUGACAGCAACUAUGGAUAUGCGCUGGGUGGCGGUGUUGCUGUCCUCCUUCGCGAGAACCGCAACGGUUACAUGGCAUCGGCAGCGAAUCUAUGCUCAAACAAGAACAGGACGACCGUCUUUGGUGUGCCCCUCACGGCAAUGCUCGAAGUCCGCGCUGUUGGCGAGUUACCCGAGGCCGCCAUCUUUAGCCAAUUGGUUGACUUGCACGGUAAGCACUAUCAGGAGUGGAAACGAAUUAGUCCGAAGCUUGAAGACGAGGAGCUUUAUGAGAAUCCAGGGCCAUUGCAGUACUCGGGCGAUUGCGCGCAUCUCUUGACGAAGAAUAUUGCUGGCUCUGAAGGCGACGGCAAACCAUCGUAUUUGGCCAGCUUGGCUGAACUUCGAGAGAAUGCAACGGUGUUGCUUGAGAAGCUCCGACCCGGUGUACCCUCGAGGAAGCUUCGUAUUGCCAACAAAUCCCUCGAAACACUCCGAAGUGUGUUGGAAGAGCUCUAAAGUCUGUUACAUACAUGCAUACAUGUAUGUGCAUGGACUCAAUUGACAGACAGAGGCAACCCAGGUUUCUCCCAAGCUGCCUUAGAAUAAUUACAUAAUAAAGCAACCCUAAUACAUGCAGUUUCAAUAUAGCUUGCGGUGCUCGUGUGU